UCGGCUUGUCAGUUCGGCUUGUCAGUUCGGCUUGACAAUUCUAACUGACGCAGCAAUCACAUACACACGUUCAGUUUGGCUUCUCAGUUCGAUCUGGUUAACUCCAAAAUUUUGUCGUGCUUGUGUUUGGGAAAUUGCAAGUUAAUAAUGUUUUCGGACGAUGAGUUAUUACUAAUAUAUGGUGCAGUGGCCUGUGUAAUUGUGAAAAGAAGAAAGCGUCAACUCAAGCGGAAUCAGUGGACUAAAGACUGGCUUUUAAAACGAGCCCAGUACUCCCAUGUUAACCUUUUAAAAGAACUUCGGUUUCACCCCAAAGAUUGGCAUAAUUAUUUGCGGAUGAACGAAGAAACAUAUCUAGAUCUGCUGUCCCGUGUUUCUCCGUUGAUAAAGAAGAAGGAUACUGUUAUGCGAACAGCAAUCACUCCACAUGAAAGACUUACAGCUACUCUACGUUAUCUAGCAACAGGCAGACCACUGGAAGACCUAAAAUAUUCAACAAUCGUUUCCCCACAGGCACUUGGUAACAUUAUAGAAGAAACUUGCAAAGUGAUUUUAAAAGUGUUGAAGAAUGAAUUCUGUAAGUUUCCUACAAGUGAGGAAGAAUGGAAGGCUAUCGCUAGAGGAUUUCAUGAACGAUGGAACUUUCCAAAUUGUUUGGGGGCUAUAGACGGAAAGCACGUGCCUAUAGUGCCUCCCCCUGGAAUGCCGAAACCAACAAUGGUCGACGGCACACUACUGCCAUACGUAUUCGUAGCAGACGAAGCUUUUGAACUGAGAGAAGACCUAAUGAAGCCAUUUAAUGCCAGCGUUCUAAACCAUGAGCGACGAAUUUGCAACUACAGGUUCUCACGUGCAAGAAGAAUCGUCGAAAAUGUGUUUGGAAUUUUAGUGGCUAGGUUUGGAGUUUUCCAAAAGCCUAUUAACCUGCGUCUUGAUCGAAUCACAGAUGUUGUGCUUGCAUGCUGCGCUCUACACAAUUUUAUGCGAGAGACUUCACCAAAUAAGUACACCCCUUCGGAAUGUUUUGACGAAGAGAGCAACGGAGAAAUAAUUAAUGGACUACGUACGGAAACGAGAAGGAAACUACAAAGGAAUCGAAAAGGAACAAAAGGAAAAGCUGGAAAGGACACAAGGGACAAAUUUGUAGAGUAUUUCAAUGGGAAUGGAAAGGUUCCAUGGCAGGACAAAUAUGUAUAGAUGUGUAUGUAUAUGUAUAUGUAUAAAUAUGUAUAUGUAUGUAUAUCUCUAAGGAAGUAACUGCG